AUGGUACAAACUCGUUACCAAGCACAAUUCAACAAGAACGGCAAAACACGCAGCACAUUGAAAAGCGUACGAAGGUCUCCUAGAAGAGCAAAACGCAUUGACAAGGAAAAUGAAAACGUCGAGCCGACUUCAGACGAUCUACCCCUCUUGAACAUUUGUCGAUCCCGAGAGACAUCUGCCGAGCUAUCUUACAAAAUCGAAAACUUGGUGGAACAACUAGACGAUGGUGAAUGCUCCACUUUGGAUGCGCUCAUGGCUCGAUGGCCUUCGAUGCACGCACGACUCAAAGGAAUGAAACCUCAUCUGCCGAAGAAAACAGACUCACGACCGACACUAGUGCUUGAUUUGGAUGAGACGUUGUUGCAUACUUACCGAGGACAACGAGAAGCGCCUUUGGAUCCCGAUUAUGUGGUGUAUGCUGAAGACAAACGAAGCGUAUUGACAGCUGGUAUAUUACGACCCGGCGUUACCGAGUUUUUAAUAUGGGCGUCCGGCACCUUUGAAGUGGUCGUAUGGACAGCAGGUGAUGACGAUUAUGCAAGCAUGGUACGAUCUGUACUUGACCCAGACAACAAACUCAUCACCCACAUCUUGACGAGGAGGACAUGUAUUCGUAUGCGAUCAAGGGCAACCAACGAAGUCAUGUACAUCAAGGAUUUGUGUGCUCUUGGUCGUGAUCUAAGUAGGACAUUCUUGGUCGAUAACUCUCCUCAUGUUGCAACGUUGAAUCUGAGCAACCUCAUACCCAUAGAAGCAUAUCAAGGUGAUAGCUCUGAUAAAGAAUUGGAACAAUUACGACGAUUUCUCGAAUCCAAAUUGGUGCGUUUGACAGAUCGGCAAAAUGAUUUACGAAUUAUGCUACAUCGACAAUUUGACUUGAAACGCAAGCUACGUGAACGAAUUGAUCUAUGGAAAAACACACAAGCUGAAAGAAAAAGGAUGGGUACUUGA